CAGCGUCGCACGAGGCCGAGGCGUCGCCGCGCGCACACACGUACACACACGCGCCACCGCAGCCGACGCCGACGAAACCGCCCAUGACUUUACGCAGGCCGCUGCCGUGCCCGUGGCUGGCGCUCUCCCUGUUGGCCGCCGCCGCCGCCGCCGCCUUCGACCUGCCGCUCGGUGUUCCCGACCAGGAAGCAGACAAGCCAGGGGAGCCCAUCUCUGCCGAGGAGUUCGCGCUGUCCGCCACCUCUGCCGCAGCGCUGCUGCAGCCGCCACUGGACGAAGGCUCGCCGGACCCCAUCCUUGCUGCAGGGCUCUUCGAGGGCGACAUCGCUGGGGUCUCCCCGGAGGACGUUUUAGUGAACCGGAACGCCGCCAUCCGCGACGGCUCAACGCGGCGUUGGGAGGGCGGCGUGGUGCCCUACGUCAUCUCUGCUGCCUUCACGGGCGGCGAGCGGCUGGUGGUGGCGGCGGCCUUCCGGGAGAUCCACGAGCUGACGUGCGUGCGCUUCGUCCCGCGCACCGGGCACACCAGCUACGUGCACCUCCGCAAGGGCGCCGGGUGCAGCAGCUUGAUCGGGCGCGUGGGCGGCGAGCAGACGGUGAGCCUGGGCCCCGGCUGCGUGUACAAGGGCGUCGUGCAGCACGAGCUGAUGCACGCCCUCGGCUUCUGGCACGAGCACAGCCGCGCAGACCGCGACGCCUACGUCACCGUGCUGCUGCGCAACGUCGUCCCAGGUUUGGAGUACAACUUCCAGAAGUAUAGUUGGCAGAUGGUGCAAAGCCUCGGCCUGCCGUACGACACUGGCUCGCUGAUGCACUACGGCAGGCUGGCCUUCUCGCGCGACGGCCGCUCGCCCACCAUCGUGCCCAGGGACCCGCGAGCCGCCAUCGGCCAGCGGCGAGGCUUCAGCGAGGUGGACGUGGCCAAGAUCAACCUGCUGUACGGCUGCCGCAACACGCUGGUGAGGCCGCCCACGCCGCCGCCCCCGCGCCCUGCCUGCACCGACAGCGACCGCUUCUGCAACUACUGGGCACGCAUCGGCCAGUGCCGGCGCAGCCCUUACUGGAUGCGGACACACUGCGCGCUCUCCUGCCGCUUCUGCGGCGUGGCGGCGGAUCGGGCGUGCGUCGACGAGAACGAGCACUGCGAGCGGUGGGCGCGGCUGGGCGAGUGCGCGACCUCCGCAGACUUCAUGGCCGCCUUCUGCCCCGCCGCCUGCGGCACCUGCUAGCUCCCGCCUGCGUCCACCACGAACAGGACGCUCUGUACAUAGCCAGCUGCCGCGCUACUACUGCAAAAAUAAAUUAUUUGUUAACAAA